GACGUCAGAACGGCUGCGGAUUUGUGAAAGUGCAGUCACCGGUGCGCCGCGCUCCACUUCUGUACUUCCAGACAGUAAAUGGAGUGUAGUGGAUUAUUAUUAUUAUUAUCAUCAUCAUCAUCACCACCACCACCAUCAUCAUCAUCGCCGGCAUUAUUUAGACUGUAGCAAGAGUUUGCGCGCUAGUCGUUCUUUAAAGAAGGCACUCUAAGGUACAGCCCGAGUGGUGAAAAUGUCAGUAGUGGGAUUUGAUGUGGGUUUCCAGAGCUGUUAUGUUGCUGUGGCCAGAGCCGGUGGAAUCGAGACCGUCGCUAACGAGUACAGCGACAGAUGCACACCGUCCUUUGUAUCUUUUGGACCUCGGAAUCGGGCGAUAGGUGCAGCUGCAAAGAGUCAGGUGGUCACAAACUGCAAGAAUACUGUCCAAGGCUUUAAGCGAUUCCAUGGCAGGGCAUUCACUGACCCGUAUGUCCAGUCAGCAAAGUCCAGCCUUGUCUAUGACCUUGCUCAGAUGCCCACAGGGACCACUGGCAUCAAGGUUAUGUACAUGGAGGAAGAGAAGGUGUUCAGUAUUGAGCAGGUCACCGGUAUGCUCCUGACCAAACUGAAGGAGACGGCCGAGGCUGCGCUCAAAAAGCCAGUGGCAGACUGCGUCAUUUCUAUUCCCAGUUUCUUCACUGAUGCAGAGAGAAGAUCAGUUAUGGAUGCUGCGCAGAUUGCUGGUCUUAACUGCCUGCGACUCAUGAACGACACCACUGCUGUUGCCCUGGCAUAUGGCAUUUACAAGCAGGAUCUGCCUGCCCCUGAGGAGAAACCCAGGACCAUCGUGUUUGUGGAUGUUGGCCAUGCUAGCUAUCAGGUUUCUGCCUGUGCUUUUAACAAGGGGAAGUUAAAGGUCCUGGCCUCUGCAUUUGACACCGGGCUGGGUGGUAAAGAUUUUGAUGAGAUACUUGUUCAGUAUUUCUGCAAGGAGUUUGCCCAGAAGUACAAACUAGAUGUGCGCUCAAAGCCUCGCGCUCUGGUGCGCCUCUACCAGGAGUGUGAGAAGCUAAAAAAGCUCAUGAGCGCCAACUCCUCCGACCUGCCGCUCAACAUUGAAUGCUUCAUGAAUGACAUCGACGUUAGUAGCAAACUCAACAGAGGCAGCUUCGAAGAGAUGUGUGCGCCACUGCUGGCUAAAGUGGAGGGACCCCUGCGUAGUGUGCUCGAACAAGCCAAGCUAAAGAAAGAGGACAUUUACGCUGUGGAGAUUAUUGGUGGUGCCUCUCGGAUCCCUGCCAUCAAAGAGCGAGUCAGCAAAUUCUUUGGGAAGGAGCUGAGCACAACGCUAAAUGCGGACGAGGCAGUGGCCAGAGGCUGCGCACUGCAGUGCGCAAUCCUGUCGCCUGCCUUCAAAGUGCGAGAGUUUUCCAUCACAGAUGUGGUUCCGUAUUCCAUCUCUCUGAAAUGGAAUUCAGCAGCUGAGGAGGGCUUAAGUGAUUGUGAGGUGUUCCCUAAAAACCAUCCUGCACCUUUCUCUAAAGUGUUAACCUUCUACCGCAAGGAGCCUUUCACCCUGGACGCCUACUACAACAAUCCGAAGGACCUGCCAUAUCCCGAUCCUACCAUCGGUCAGUUCACUAUUCAGAAAGUGUCGCCUCAGACAUCAGGUGAGUGUUCUAAGGUGAAGGUGAAGGUGCGUGUAAACGUACAUGGCGUGUUCAGCGUGUCCAGUGCCUCCCUGGUGGAAGUGCAGAAGGCUACAGAGGGAGAUGAGCCCAUGGAGACAGAUACAGCUGUCAAAGAGGAAGAGAACAAGAUGCAAGUGGACCAAGAAGAGCAGAAAAGCCAGGCUGAUGGGGCGAAAGAGAAUGUAGAUAAGAAAUCUGACACUGAGGACAUGGAGACUGAGGAAAACAAACAGGAAAAGAAGAAUGACCAGCCUCCACAAGCCAAGAAACCCAAAGUGAAGACAAAGACUGUAGACCUGCCGAUAGAGAACAGCCUGCACUGGCAGCUUUCUAACGAGCUGCUCAAUCUGUUUGUGGAGAAUGAGGGGAAGAUGAUCAUGCAGGACAAACUGGAGAAAGAGAGGAACGAUGCUAAGAAUGGGGUUGAGGAGUACGUGUAUGAGAUGCGGGACAAACUGCAUGGUGUCCUGGAGAAGUUUGUCAGUGAGGCAGAUCGAGAUGCUUUUAGUCUAAAACUUGAAGACACAGAAAACUGGCUGUAUGAAGAAGGAGAAGACCAACAAAAGCAGGUGUACAUUGAUAAACUAACAGAGCUGAAGAAACUCGGACAGCCCAUCCAGGAACGAGCGGUGGAGGCAGAAGAGCGACCCAAAGCUUUCGAGGAGUUAGGAAUGCAAAUUCAAAAGUACAUGAAGAUUUUAGAAGCAUACAAAGCAAAGCACGAGCAGUAUGAGCAUCUGGACGAGUUGGAGGUGAUGAAGGUGGAAAAGCAGGCAAACGAUGCGAUGGACUGGAUGAAUAAGAAAAUGAAUGAACAGAGCAAGCAGAGUCUGACGGUAGCACCUGUUAUUAAAGCCUGUGAAAUUCAAGCCAAAACCAAGGAGCUGUCCUCCACCUGCAACCCCAUCAUCUUAAAACCCAAACCCAAAGUUGAACCACCGAAAGAGGAAAAGGCCCCUGAACAGAACGGCCCAGUUAAUGAACCGGAAGAAGCAGAGUCCCAGCCUAGCAACCCAAACAAAGACCAACCGGCUCCAGAGUCCACAGAGGCCAAACUGCCUGAAAUGGACAUUGACUAACUCCUUAUCAAUGCCAACGUUCUCUCAGCUUGCCUCCAAAACAUGACAAAAACAAGCUAGCCACAGUUAGUUUUGUUCUCAAAAGGCACUGCGAAUCCUUCCUGAACUCGUUGUAUAUGGUUUUCAUUUUUUUUCUGCUGUAUAAAAUAAGAUCACAAAUGUGUUGGUCUUUUUCACAUUAAGGAAAGCUGAGCUUGAAGUUAGGGAUUUGGGUACUGUGUCACUUAAAAACAUUCAUGUUCAUGGUUGGAACGUUACCUAAAGAAACUAGACAGGUGAGAAUGAUGUUGUAUGUUUGAGAAACUGCACACAUUUUAACUUCAUGGGUAUUUUUUUAGGUUUAUUUGAGAAAUGUCUUUGCUUUUAGUUUUGCAUUGUUAAAUUUGUCAUGUCACUUUGUUCACCUUAAUGGAAUCAAAAUGAAGUUUUGGAAAAAGGCACUGAAAAAAGAAUAAAAUGGAAAAAUAAGAUCAUUGAUGUUGAAAGGCUGCUAUAUGUCAAAGCCUAUAUAAUCCUGUUAUGCUGUAUUUCAUUGUUUCUCUGAUGCAUCACUUCAUGGCUGAGGUUUCUGUGUGUAUCCUUGCUUGCUUGGGUUCAUCAGGAGUGUUUAUGCCCUGCUGCCAGUAUGAAUAGUUAAGACCAACUAGGCGUUUAUUUUUCCAGUCACAGUAAUAAAAAAAAAAAAAUCA